UAACACUUUUUCCCCCUAGUAAAUUACAUUAGCAUGUCUCUUCUUCAGGUUGUACUUGUGGGGUUAAAUUAUGAUGAUGCGCCAUGAUGGUUCAAGAGCAAGAACACAACAGCCACAUCCAUGGUUUAAGGUCAAGAUUGUUCACUCAUAUUAAGGGCAUCCACGUCCAUGACCAUUCAUCCUUAGCUGCUGCAAGGCAUCAUCAUUCUAGCAGCUUCACCGACGUCGAUGAAAUCGAAACCACCAAUGAUUUAGAGGAGCAGAAUGAAGUAGCAACCAUAAACCAGCUCCAGCCAACAUCAACAGAAAGCACCCAAAUUUCAUUGAAGAUCGAUUCCGUAAACAGUAUGGAUUCCAAAUCAACACCUCCUGGAACCAUGGAAAAGAAUGCAGAGAUGGAGCAAAUGAAAGAGAAGUUCGCGAAAUUGCUUCUGGGAGAAGAUAUGUCUGGUGGAGGAAAAGGGGUUUCUUCUGCACUUGCAUUGUCGAAUGCCAUCACAAAUCUUGCAGCUUCGGUUUUUGGAGAACAGUGGCGGCUAGAGCCAAUGUCUCCCCAGAGGAAAGCAAGGUGGAGGAGAGAAAUUGGGUGGUUGUUAUCUGUAACAGACCAUAUAGUUGAAUUCGUUGCCAAAAAGCAGGGCAACAUUGAGAUUAUGGUUACACAACAACGAAACGAUCUUCAUUUGAACAUCCCGGCUUUAAGAAAGCUCGACGGAAUGCUGAUUGAUUGCCUUGACAACUUCAAGGACCAAAGUGAGUUUACUUACGUCUCAAGAGAUGCACCAGACUCGGAGAAAGGGCCAAAGAGAAAAGAAGAGAAAUGGUGGCUACCAACUGCUAAAGUUCCCACCAAUGGCCUAUCAGAAACGGCAAGAAAGUUUCUGCAGUACCAGAAGGAUUGUGUGAACCAAGUCCUCAAAGCAGCAAUGGCAAUCAAUGCUCAGGUUCUUGCAGAAAUGCAGAUUCCUGAAAACUACAUCGAAUCCCUCCCCAAGAAUGGUAGAGCUAGCUUAGGAGACUCGAUCUACAAAAGUAUAACAGUCGAGUUCUUCGAUCCUGACCAGUUUUUGUCGACCAUGGACCUAUCGUCGGAGCACAAAAUCCUGGACCUCAAGAACAGGAUUGAGGCUUCCAUUGUGAUUUGGAAGAGGAAGAUGGUCCAGAAAGAUGGUAAAUCAGGAUGGGGUUCUGCUGUCAGCAUAGAGAAAAGAGAGCAGUUUGAAGAUAGAGCUGAAACUAUCCUCCUCAUCAUCAAACAAAGGUUCCCUGGGAUCCCUCAGUCUUCAUUAGAGAUCAGCAAGAUUCAAUACAACAGGGAUGUAGGGCAUGCUAUCUUGGAGAGUUACUCAAGGAUCCUAGAAAGCUUGGCGUACACUGUUCUAUCACGUAUCGAAGACGUACUAUAUGCUGAUCAAGUAGCCAGAAGUCCAACACAAGAUGGGAAGAAGAGAAGUCCAUUGAUAUCAGGGACACCACCUUUGGAGGAUAGAGACAGGACAUCUGUGGAUGCACCCUCGGCAAUGACACUGUCGGACUUCAUGGGCUGGGAAGGCGAGCAUAAUGACAACGACGAGGACUUGGUAGAAGCUACAGAGGAGAUAACGAAACAAGACUCGAAGCUAUCGGGGAUACUUAAUAGUGUAGUGACGAGAAAGACAUAUCUUGAUAACUUGGUGGGUUCGAGAAGCCCAACAUCAAGGCAUUAAGAAGAUGGAAACACCAGAAAAGUAAGACCAUGGUGGAAAAAUAGGAGAGAAAAAACCCUAACAGAGAAA